AUGCUGGUCAUCUGGUUUCUCUCCAUCUGCUAUGCAUUCCUUGCGGUCGCACACCCUCUGCCCCACCCGCGGAGUUUAGAGAAGAGGGCCAUCUCGGAAGCCUUAUACGACGACUUGUUUUUCUACUUCAAGUAUGCGUCGUCUGCGUAUGAUUUGACCUGUGCCAACCCUAAUGGCAACACUCUGGUUGAGGAGUUCUCUGACUCGACGACCGACACGCAAGGCUUUAUAGCGAGAGACGAUACUCGCAAAGAAGUUGUAGUGUCCCUACGUGGAAGUACCUCCGUGGAAGAUUUUGUCACGGACGCCGAGAUUAUCCUCGAGACGUACACGUCCCCCGGCGUGUCCCCGCCUACUGGAACCACAGUGCAUACUGGAUUCCUCACCGCAUGGAACUCUGUAGCGUCUGGCGUGAUAUCGGUUGUUAAAGGCCAGCUUGCAGCACACCCAGGCUAUACUAUCGUGACUACCGGACACUCACUGGGUGGUGCACUAUCGUCUCUGGCCGCAGUGAGUAUGAAGUCGAACUUCCCGAACAACGCCGUGAGGAUGUACACCUAUGGGCAGCCACGCACGGGCAAUCCGGCUUACGCGUACUACGUCAAUGACCUGUUCGGCUCGAACGCAUAUCGAUUCGUCCACACUGAUGAUGGCGUGCCAACAAUGAUACCGCAGGAUGUAGGCUAUAGGCAUCAUGGGAUCGAAUACUGGCAAAACCCAGAACCAUCGUCAGCUGCUAACACCAAGGAGUGUGCGGCGGACGGGGAAGACCCGACCUGCUCGGAUUCCAUCCCUUCGACGGGCAUCAACGCGGCGCACGUCUCGUAUUUCGAUGUGUUGGCUUCCACGCCCUAUUGCACGUAA